GUCCCUUUAAAGAUUGUUGAAUGAACUUUCCCUCUUAUAUGAAUGUGCCUGAAUGCAUAAGAGUUAAACCUUUGCUUGCACCUGUAGCUGUGUAAAGUUUAGCCGGUAAUGAUAUUGCAUGCUAAAUAUUCACAGGUACAAUGAAUGGACAGGUUUAUCUGAUGUUUGGUCCAGUUUUCUUAACCCUCCUGGUGAUGACUCUCCCGGUUGUUCACAGCGGCAAUGUUCUUGUCUUUCCUGUGGACGGCAGUCAUUGGGUCAACAUGAAAAUCUUGAUUGAGGCUCUUCACUCCAAAGGUCACAAUAUCACAGUCAUGCGGAUGUCAGACAGCUGGUACAUCAAAGAAUCUUCACCUCUCUACACAUCCAUCACUCUGAAGAAUGCAGGAGGAUUUGAUGAAGAAUUCCUACAGGGGUUUACAUCAAAUAUGCUAAACAUUUUGAGGGACGGCUCCACUUGGGCUCGCUUGAAAUUGGAGAUAGGGUUGUGGCAAGGUUUUCUAGAGAUGAAUAAAGCAGAAUGUGAUCUAAUAGUUAACAUGCUUGAAGACCAGCAGCUAAUGCAGUCCCUAAAAGAGAGCAAAUAUGAUUUGAUGCUUACAGAUCCAGCCAUGUUUGGAGGUGUAAUAUUGGGUCAUUACCUUAAAUUGCCCAUUGUCUACAAUGUCCGUUGGGCGGUGUACAGUGAGGGUCACUUUGCAAUAGCCCCUUCACCACUUUCUUAUGUACCUUCACCAAUUAUUGAGUUAUCAGACCGCAUGAGUUUCUUUGAAAGAGUGAAAAAUAUUUUGAUGUACACCAUCAGUGAAACACAGGUCGCUCUUAUGAUCGCUCCAUAUUAUAACAAAAUAAGCGAACGCUUUAUUGGCCCAGGAACAUCCUACUUUACCUUAAUUCAAGGUGCUGAUUUGUGGCUCCACAGGGUUGAUUUUAUUUUUGAAUUUCCACGGCCUACUAUGCCAAACAUCGUCUACAUGGGUGGUUUUCAGUGUAAGCCUUCAAAGCCUCUUCCUCAAGAUCUCGAGGACUUUGUGCAGAGCUCUGGUGAUCAUGGUGUCAUCGUCAUGUCUCUGGGCACUCUCAUUGGUCAACUUCCUGAUGAUGUGGCAGAGGCCAUUGCUGAAGCUUUUGCUGAACUUCCACAGAAGAUCAUCUGGAGGUACAAAGGAAGAAAACCAUCUGCACUGGGAAACAACACCUUAAUAAUGGACUGGAUGCCUCAGAAUGAUCUUCUGGGUCAUCCUAAAACCAGAGUCUUUGUGGCUCAUGGUGGAACCAAUGGAAUCCAAGAAGCCAUCUACCAUGGGGUACCAAUCAUUGGAUUUGGACUCAUCUUUGACCAGCCUAAUAAUCUUUCAAAGAUGAGAGUGAAGGGUGUAGCCAAGACCGUAGACUUUGCCACAGUGGAUAAGGACUCCUUCUUAGAAACUGUCAAGGAGGUUCUUUAUAAUCCCAGUUAUCGGGAGAACAUGCAGAGACUCUCAAGACUUCACAGAGACGUUCCAGUGAAGCCUCUGGACAGCGCCAUCUUCUGGAUUGAGUUUGUCAUGAGGCACAAAGGUGCCGCUCAUUUACGCACAGAGUCGUAUAAAAUGCCCUGGUACUCGUAUCACUCUGUUGAUGUCAUGCUGUUCCUGCUGUCUGCUGUGUCACUCAUAAUGCUGACCACAUAUGUGCUUAUCAGAUAUUUAUGCUGCAGAAUAUGUAGGGGAAAAAAUAAACUGGAAUGAUUU